GUCUCCUUUCAACCAAUCGUUUCCUCUCUGAUACGACGUGGAUACGCUCCUUUCAAGUACAAAGUGAGAUGAUGCACAGGCAGUUGUAUCUCGUCCUCGGCCGUCGUAUACCCGAGCAUCCCGGGCCGGGGAAGACUGGAGAGGGAUCGCUGGUCCCGUACUACGGAACAAAUUGCAGAACAAGUUGAAUCAUCGCGCUAAAAGAGCAAAAAGAAGUCUUCUCCGCGAGCAGCAAAAGAAACUGCUCUCGCAGUCCAAGAGCAAUCGCAGAGACACCUUUACUCUCCCACAUCUCAGCCAUGAACAAGAAGCAGACAAGUUCCGGCAGCCGAAAACUCUCUCAGAAGCGAUAUCCAUGAUGACUCGAUUCAACGCAACUGCCUAUACCAGAUACUAUACAGCCAACCCUUGUCUGGACCAAUUACUAACCUUAUCAAAAUUCAACCGUCUUCGCGCCUUUGUGGAUAAUAUGAAAGUCCUUGGAUUGACCAUGCAGGACAUGGAGGAUGAUGUGGUUUCACGAUUCAAUUUGCCCUCUCCGACUGUUCAAAAAACCAAGUCUCAGGCUCUCCCUGGCAGUCUCUGUCCCACGACUACACAACGCUCCAUCCAACACCAUCCCUGGUUAGAUUGCUUCCCCUUUCCACGGAUGCGAGAUAAUCUUCUUACCGUCGUGUAAUUCUUUAAUGAUUUCGAGCUCUGCACUGAUCUUAUGGAUCCUGCAAAUGGAGACAUCGGUAUGCUGGUUUGGGG